AUGGCGCCUAUCAAUGACGCGGUGUUUCUCCGCCGCAACAACCAGAUCCAAGAUGCUAUUGACGGGCAGAAUCUGAAGCAGGCCUUGCAGCUGAUCGAGAAGCGCAUGAAGAAGGGCGAGGAUACGCGUUUUCUGAAAGCCUGGAAAGCACAUAUUCUCUGGCGCCAUGCGGACGAAGCCCACCAUAAGCGCGGUAUCACGGAGACACUCGAGUUAUGCAAUGCGGAGCCGCCGACCACCGAAAUUGAUACCCUGGACAUUUUGUUCAAGACACUGCAAAAGUUAGAUGGACACGCUGCGACCAGGAGCAGUCUUUGGGAGAAGGCAGCGAAGGCGAAACCCCAGGACCUGGAGCUUCAAGGCCGUUGGUUCACCUAUGCUUUUGAGGCCAACGAUUGGAAGUCUGCGCAAAAGGCUGCUAUGAGCCUUCAAAAGAAUUUCCCCAAGGACCGAAAAUACUAUUUCUGGGCUAUCUUCCUUAGCCACUUGAUUGCGACAGAUGACGCUAGCUCAGAGAUAGAUCGCAAGCUGUUUGGCACUCUAGCAUACCGCAUGAUUUCGAAAGCAGCUGCUGAUGUUCCGGCUGGAAAUCAGUUACUGAGCCCUCCUCGAGCUAUUCAAACUUCUGAGGAACUGCGCUUGCUCCUCCAAAUAUAUGAAAAUCAAGGACGAAAUGCAGAGGCUGUGAAGAUUCUGGACAGCGAAAACGUGGGUCUCACAUCGAGAAUUGUGCAGAAUGAUACAGCGUUCCUUGGUUUCAAAGCCUCCAACCUGGCUGCUGGCAAGAUGUGGGAGGAAGGGAUGUCGUUCGUGAGGAAUCUAUACGCUGUUCCUGAUGAUGAAGAUAAACGCAAAGCUCUUCGUGAGCUUGAUGAUUGGAAUAUCUGGAACCUGCUCGUGAAAGCCACAGAGAACAUCAAAACUCCUGGAAUCGCUCUUGAGACGGUGAAAUUCGUGGAAAAAUUCAUUGAAUUUAGCCCCAAAUCUCGCAAUGCGGCUCUGGCUCGUCUUGACUCAAUUAUCUGCGGAAUCAACGGCGGAGAGAUGACCGAGGAAGACCUGCUCCCAGCUUGUCAGAAAUACAUCGACAGCCACAUCCACAAAUUGUACGCCUUCAAUGAUAUUCGAAGGAUUUUGCGUCAUAACAAGAACGGAAUGUCUAAGAUGCUUAAAUACAUCGACGAGACGUAUGGAGAGGAUGAGAAGGGGUCUGUUCCUAUGAUAAACGCUCUCAAGCUGGAUUACUGUCUGAAUAUUUCAGGAUCAGAGAGCAAGGCCUCCAACCAGAAGAUUGACGAUCUUGUCGCCCGCUGCAUGAAGCUUUACCAGACCGCCAAGGAGAGAGAGAAGGCCAAGAAGCCAAACAAUAGCGACCAAGGGACGUCCUCUACGAUCGAAAGCCAGCCCAUCGACGAUCUCUGUGUUCUCGCUGCUAUGGCGCUCCUUCAACCCGCUGAAACUAGAGAGACAGAGGCUCAAGUUCCGGAUACUGCUCUGAUUCGCGCUGCAAGUAUCUUAGAGCGCCUCUGCCGUGACUCGCCACACAAUUAUCAGGCACUCCUGCUUUUGGUCCGAGUCUAUCUUCUCCUCGGCGCAGGAUCUCUUGCUUUGAGCACUUUCAGCAAGAUGUCCGUCAAGCAGCUUCAGUAUGAGACUGUUUCUCAUAUUCUAUUCACACGUCUUGCUACGAUUCACCCUCAUUCAGCGCCGCCAGUUGAGGGUGCGGAGUAUAAGGAUUUCGAUCCUCUUUCUGCCUUCGUCCAGGGUCUCAACUUCUUCCGGAACUCAGAAGUCAAUACUAUGAGGUUUCGCACUGCAGGCCUGGAUGAAGGAACUUACGUGAACACCGAAGAGAUAAUCGAACUUCGGAGACGUCUGUCGACCAGCUUCAAUCGCCGCAUGUACGCUCUCGAUGCGCGACGCACCCAGAGACUCGUUGGAGGCGAUCACAUGGCCCGUUAUGAUGAGCUUGCUCGAGACAAAUCCUCAACCGUUGACUCGCGGAAAUUUGGCGCGUUUAUGUCCUGUGAAUUCAUAGACAAGCCUGAAUUCGAAGAGCGUGUGCGCUUAGGACCACUUCCUCAGACUAACUGGCUGGCUUCAGCCAGGAUCACAGAUCAGCUUUUCAGCGUCCUGAAGGAUAUCGCGUUCCAAAGGCCACUAACACCGGAGAUAGACUUGCCGUCUCUCGAAGCCUUGUUCAUCUCUGAUGCUGAAAAUGAUCAGACAGAGGCAGAGAAGGAGGCAGCUAAGAUCCAUGCAGAUCUUCUUAGAGUGGCUACUUUCAUGGCUGGAUCCAAGAUGACGACUUCGGAGCAACUGGAUGCUGCUCUUGGUCGGGUUGAGGACUGGUUGGAAUCGAAGAAGAAGGACCUAGCACUUAAUGAGGCCAUUACCUCGUCCCUCAUUACCUCCACCGCGGUUUCCCUGGGAGCAGAUACUCCGGCUGGACCCACCUGGAGAUAUCUCCACAGUGUCUUCGUACUUCUUGAGACAGUGAAGGCGCUGUCACAGCUGGUCGGGUUAGCGUCCAGAAAGGGGGCCAAGACUGCCAAGUUGCCCAAAGAGCGCGUUGAACGACUGUCUACGCUGGCGUUCGAGCUUUACGAAAUGAUUCGGUCCAACACACGAGCUCUGAAGCAGCGCGUUUCCGCAUCAGGCGUGUUGUCCUCAUUGGUUGAUCUUGUUAUCCAGGGUGACCAGUCUGCCAAGUCCGAGAAGGAAGUCCAAGACAUUUUGGAGGCUACAUUGGACUCGUCUAGCGUCGAGUUGUUUUGUGGUUCUCUAAUGGAGAGCUGGGAGGAGGCCCUGGACGGUGUGAUGAGGGUGAAACUGUGA